AUGGCCGAUUCAACAACAGAACCACAAGCGUCUGCCCCAGUAUUCAAGAAGCGAGGCGCAAAGGGCAAAGCAAACCUGCGAAAACGACCAGCGACGCCACCUCCCGCCGAUAGUGACGAUAGCGACUAUUCAUCAUCAGAAGACGAGUCGGGACAGCGCGUUAAGCGGCGCAAGAAGACUGUCACCGUCACAGCAUCCUCAAAAGACUUGGCAACAGGGAAGACGGAUCUUCAAGCGACGGUUUAUACAGCAGACCGCAAUGUGCCCAUCACAAGUACCAAUGACGCGACAAAACACAGCAACUGGUACGAUGAAGACUCUCAGGAUGCGCUAUCAGCAAAGAACCUCCUAGGCUCAACAAGAACUGCUACAAAGGAUUCACAACCAGAUGGAACAUAUAAAGGACUCGCAAAUCAGACGACUUUCAUCCAAAAGAACCCCGAUGCGCCCAACAGAGCGAAGGGUCCCGUCAAGGCCUCCUCAAAUGUUCGCACCAUCACCAUCAUGGACUUCAAGCCAGAUAUCUGCAAAGAUUACAAAAAGACCGGCCACUGUGGCUUUGGCGACUCUUGCAUCUACUUACACGAUAGAACGGACGUAAAGCAAGGCUGGCAGCUCGAUAAAGAAUGGGAAGAAGUUACCAGGGGGAAGAAGAACCUAGGAGGUACCAUCAUCGCGAGCGCUAACCGCGACAAAAAGGAGGAGAAGGCGGAAGACGAGGCAGAGAUUGCUAUGUUGGAGAAGAUUCCUUUCGCAUGUAUCAUCUGCGAGGGGCCUUAUAGGGAACCUAUUCAGACGAGGUGCGGACACUACUUUUGUGAGCCAUGUGCUCUCAAGAGAUACAGAAAGGACCCAACGUGCGCAUCAUGUGGAGCUGGCACAAACGGCGUAUUCAAUUCAGCCAAGAAGCUGAAGAAGUUAUUAGAGAAAAAGAAAGAACGCGAAGACAAGAAGAAGAAGGAAGAGGAAGAGGCCGAAGAGGAGCCAUGA